AUGGCGGUCCAAAAUCAGAUGCAGCCUCGCAAGAGCGUCCGCUUGUGUGGACUACUCCCGCUGCCUGCGAAUCUGAGAACAAACCCAGACCGUGAGUUGAACCUGUCGAGCAACUGCGACGAAGUGGCCGCACCAGACGACGAAGAUCAGGACAUAAUAAACUCAAUUUAUGGCCCCCUGAGACCGAAAUGCGCCGCCGAACCAUUGGAUGUGGACGUGGAAGAGGUGAUCGUGCACCCGGAGUACAAGUACGACUUCGUGGAAGGGUUUCCCAACGACGUGGCCCUGAUCAGGCUGAAGGAAAAGGUGAAAUCCUCCAUGUUCGUGAGACCCAUCUGCUUGCGCGGACUGCAGAGUCUCGGCACCGAGCAGGAGCAGCAGGGCACCGUCAAGGUGGCCGGAUGCGGCAUGACAGAAAUGGAGCAGGGUCCAAAGAGCAACGAGCUGAGGCAGGUGCCAGUGAAACGGGUGCCUCGGCAUAUUUGCAGAGAUGAGCACAGAGUGAUGGUGCGGGACACCUGCCAGAAAUGCGCCGGAUCGAGGAACGGAAGCGCUUGCAUGGGGACGCAAUUGAACAUGACGUCGCUCGUCGGAGUGGUCAGUUUCGGAGCGGUUGAGUGCGGCACCUCGGACGUUCCCAGCGUCUUUUCCGACUUGUCUUGCUACCUCGACUGGAUCAUCGACACAAUUAGACUGGAGUGA